AUGGAGGCCAACGAGAAUAAAGACAUUAAUGUCCUGGAGAAAUCUAUUCAAGAAAAGGAUGUCCAGGAUGGAAACCAUACUGAUUCUGAUGCAGAUUCACAGACUGAAAUCUUGCGGGCUGCUGGCAUAGGCAUAGUCAAAGAUGAUCCUACUGAGCCCGUUCUCACUCUACGUAUGUGGGUGUUGGGAAUUGGCUUUUGCGUAAUCGUCAGCGGGUUGAACACACUUUACACGCUCCGUACACCUUCUUUGACAAUUUCAGGCUCGGUGGUACUCUUCCUGGCCUAUCCUCUGGGAAGGAUUUGGGAGAAAGUCAUCCCGGAAUGGACCGUUCCGCUAGGGCGAUUGGCAUUUGAUCUCAAUCCGGGCCCGUUUAACACAAAGGAGCACGUCUUGAUCUAUAUAAUGUCCAACCUCAGCAUUUAUGUUCGGCUCGGCGCCGAUGUUCUGACAGAGCAGCAAAUGUUCUACGGCUACAAGGCAGGAUGGGGAUUCCAAAUUCUCAUUACAUUCUCCACAUUCCUCAUCGGGUUCUGUCUUGCUGGAUUAUUUCGGGCGAUCGUAGUUGUUCCCCAAGAGCUGAUCUGGCCUGGAGUUCUGGGUGUUACUGCGUUGACCUCAACUCUUCAUCAUGUCAACCAGGAACAAGUGCAAGCGCGUUAUAAUACUUGGAAAAUAUCUCGAUAUGCCUUCUUCACUACAACAUUCUGCGUCUCAUUCUGCUGGUACUGGUUCCCAGACUUCAUCUUCCCGGCACUUAGCUAUUUCAGCUUUCCGUGUUGGUUCAAGCCUGAGAGCAAAGUAGUCAAUCAGAUCUUCGGAAUGAGUUCCGGAAUGGGACUGUUACCGAUUACCUUUGAUUGGAGCCAAAUAUCUUACGUUGGGUCUCCCUUGCUCAUCCCCUCGUGGGCAGUUCUCAACGUCUUCAUUUCCCUGGUGUUCUGGAUUUGGAUUGUGGCUGUUGCUCUUUACUACACCAAUGUGUGGAACACAGCCUACCUACCUUUUCAAAGCUCUCAAGUAUUCGACAAUACUGGAAAUAUUUAUAAAGUCAAAAGGAUUGUCAAUGCAGCUUCGGGCUACAAGCUCGAUGUCAAGAGGUAUCUUGCUUAUUCACCGGUCUAUAUGCCAGUUACCUACGCAUUGAACAUGUUUGGACUAUCGUUUGCGACCCUGAGCGCUCUUCUUGUUUGGGUCGUCCUUGAAAAGCGUCAUGUCAUGGCUGAUGCAGCCAGAAGGGUGCCUCGGCUGGUUCUAGAGUCCCUUCCCGGUCGGUCCAGGGCGUACAGCGAGGACGAGAGGGGAGACCCAGAUGUGCCCUUGUGGUGGUAUUUGGUUGCAUACGUCUUAGCCUUGUUUAUGUCAAUGUUCGCCGUUGAGUGGUGGAACGUUGAACUGAGAUGGUACGGUGUUUUGCUGGCAUGUGCUGUGGCACUGGUGUUCUAUCCUGCCCUGGCUUUGGUUUAUGCCACUUCUAAUCUCAAGAUUAAUAUCGACAUUUUCUGUCGUAUCACGGCUGGUUUUGUGUUUGAGGGCAAGGUCCUGGCCAAUAUCUGGUUCUUUGACAUCGGGUACAUCACGACCAUCAAGGGUCUCUACUUUGCCCAGGACAUGAAACUGGCUUACUAUUGUCAUAUCCCUCAACGAAAAUUGUUCUUGGUUCAAUGCGUUGGAAUGCUAGUCGGCACACUCUCCUCACUGGGUGUCCUCAACUGGGCCAUGAAUCACAUCACCGGCAUCUGCACUAGCACAGCUGUGAAUGGUUUCAGUUGUCCUUACAGCAGAACCCACUUCAAUACUUCGUUGAUCUGGGGCGCAGUGGGCCCUCGUCGUUAUUUCUCGAACCAAAUUGGUUAUUCAGCUUUGCUUUAUUUCUUCAUAGUUGGUGCCAUUUUACCCAUUCCCGUCUAUUACCUGACCCGCCGAUACCCCAAGUCGCUGUGGAGAAGGGUUCAUGUUCCCCUAUUCCUCGGGGGCUUGAACUACCUGCCCCCUGCAACCGGAAUGAAUUACGGCAGUUGGGCAGUUGUUGGGCUCACCUUUGGCUGGCUCGUUCGAAAGCGGCUGCAUAGCUGGUGGAGUAAGUAUAACUUUGUGUUAAGCUCUGCCAUGGACUCAUCGGUGGGAAUUGCUGGUGCCUUGAUUUUCUUGACAAUUUUUUUCACCGGAGCCAGCAAACAUUUCAAGUGGUGGGGAACAGAUGUUCACAAGAACACAUGCGAUUGGAAAGGCUGUGCAUAUCUUUCUAUGCCGAAGGGCGAAAAGUUCGUCACGUAG